CGACGUCUCAAGCCGAUCAAUGGCUUUUCACCACCUCGAAUCGGCCUGCCGCCACGAGGGCUUCGACUUCCGCUCCCGCGAAUGCCAAGGCCCGGGCGAACUCACCUCGACUGCGCUGUGGAUUGUGUUCUUCGAGAUGGCUGUCAUGGCUGUCUCGCUCUUCCUCCCAUACUUCAACGCGAUGUGGGUGGAACGCGACCCGUCCAGCAUCUCGAGCUUCCUCGGCCUGCCGUUCGGCUUGCCUCUCAUCGUCACCAGGUCGGGGGCGAUGCAGAUUUUUCUCAUCCUGAUCUUUGCGAUCAACGUGCGCUCUGCCUGGCGCCCUGCCCUCGCGUAGCCUCUCAAUCCCGCCCUAUGCAUCCCGUGCCCAGUGCCCAAUGAUCGUCGCGAUGUUCUCCGACCAGCCGUGUGAGACCGGGCUGGGUGGCUGCUUCACCAUCUC